GUCAAACUCAACCUGAAGUGCGUCUGGAGAAGAUGUCACCGGAGGGUCCUUAGCUGCAGAAACAUUUGAUCCUUCCUCCUCACAUCGAAUAGGAGAAACCCCACACCAGCGGCUGAAAUCUCCUCCAACCGACAGCCUCUCGCACAUCCCCGAGUCCUCUUUUGGCCAGCCGCCCGCGUGCAACCAAUGGCGUCCCACAGCCCCGCCCCCACGCACAAGGCGACCAACGGCGGCCCUCCGCCGGCGAAACUGGAACAGUCGGAUGAAUCCAUGAAGCUCAAGAAGGAGAUCUCGCUGCUGAACGGGGUGUGCCUCAUUGUGGGGAACAUGAUCGGCUCGGGGAUCUUCGUCUCCCCCAAAGGCGUGCUGAUCCACAGCGCCUCCUACGGGCUGUCGCUGGUGGUGUGGACCAUUGGGGGGAUCUUCUCUGUCUUCGGGGCGCUGUGCUAUGCCGAGCUGGGGACCACCAUCACCAAGUCGGGGGCCUCCUACGCCUACAUCCUGGAGGCCUUCGGUGGCUUCCUGGCUUUCAUCCGUCUGUGGACGUCUCUGCUGAUCAUAGAGCCCACCAGCCAGGCGGUCAUCGCCAUCACCUUCUCCAACUACAUGGUCCAGCCCGUCUUCCCCACCUGUGUGGCACCCUACCUGGGCAACAGGCUGCUGGCUGCUGCAUGCAUAUGUCUGCUGACGUUUAUAAACUGUGCCUAUGUGAAGUGGGGCACCAGAGUCCAGGACUUAUUCACCUAUGCGAAGGUCAUCGCUCUCAUUGCGGUUAUCAUCAGUGGCUUGGUUAAAAUUGGACAAGGUCAGACUCAGAAUUUCGAGGGCCUGUUUGAAGGCUCAUCCAAAGACCCGGGCGGCCUCGCUCUGGCCCUAUACUCCGCCCUGUUCUCCUACUCUGGAUGGGACACCCUCAACUUCGUCACGGAGGAAAUCCAGGACCCCGAGAGGAACCUCCCGCUGGCCAUUGCCAUUUCCAUGCCCAUAGUGACCGUGAUCUACAUUCUGACCAACGUGGCCUACUACACCGUCCUCCCUAUCCCUGCAAUCCUGAACAGCGAUGCUGUGGCGGUGACAUUUGCUGACCAGGUAUUUGGAGUCUUGAAUUGGACCAUUCCUCUUGCUGUAGCUCUCUCCUGUUUCGGGGGACUCAACGCCUCCAUCUUGGCUUCGUCCAGGCUGUUCUUCGUGGGCUCCAGAGAGGGCCACCUGCCAGACUACCUGUGCAUGAUCCAUGUGACCCACUACACCCCCAUUCCCGCCCUGCUCUUCAACGGCAUCAUGGCCCUGAUCUACCUGUGUGUAGAGGACAUCUUCAGAUUAAUUAACUACUACAGCUUCAGCUACUGGUUCUUUGUGGGUCUGUCCAUCAUGGGACAACUCUACCUGCGCUGGAAGCAGCCAGACAGACACAGACCCCUAAAGCUGAGUCUCUUCUAUCCCAUCGUCUUCUGCAUCCUCACCAUCUUCCUGGUGGUAGUACCCCUGUACAGUGACACCAUCAACUCUCUGAUUGGCAUCGGAAUCGCCCUAUCAGGAGUGCCCGUUUACUUCCUCUGCUGCUACACUCCCGCCCACAAGAGACCCAUGUGGCUACGAAAGUUCAUUGCCAAAUCGGGUCUGCUGAUUCAGAAGGUGUGUUACUCUGUUUUGACUGAAAUGGACAAGGCAGAGUAGGGGGUUUUGAACUGCACCCUGCUGGAGACUGACGACGACCCUGCAACCCCCCCCCCCCCCCCAAAAAAAAACCAAACAAACGCUGAACCAUCACUCAUCCUGGCCUGUCACUGUCACUGGGAUUUAACGCAUAAAGAUUAAACUUGAGCUCAAUCUCUGACCCGUCAACCACUCGUCACCUCAGUGAAAACCGUCAAAGGAUGUGCCAUGGUGCGGGAAGUGUCGCUGAAGCCGACAUUCCUUUAGUAUGUGGGACUUCAGAGACAACAGUUUUUACACCCCUUCACAUUUGCACCCAGUCUCUUAUUGAACUGCACCUGAAUUGAUCUGCCCAAUCCACACGUGGCCAGUGUUAAGUGUGUGAAAUUGCAUAUAUAUAUAUAUAUGUUGUAAUGGUGCCUGGAGAUAACUUUUUUUUUUAAUUAAGUUUUAACUGGUGAAUUAUUGAGGAUGAACUGUUUAAGCAGAAAGGAGGACAUGUUUGAAACUGAAAGCACUGCUGACCUUGAGAAAUGUCCUUGCAUUAUUAUUUUGAGGAGAAGGAACAGAGGUAGUGUAAGAGAAUAUGCAACUCCCCCCUCCGUUUACUCAUCUGAAAGGGGGAGACCAUAAAUAUUUGUCUUGUUGCACAUGCAUUGUGUCAUAAUUGAAGGUCUAGUGGAGUUAAGGGCUAUUUUUACAUGAAUAAACUACUUCAAAUUGCCUUCUCUCUCAAACAUGGGCUAUUGAAAUGUGGUGGGGGGUUGAGAAGGGUGAGUACAGAAGUAGUUAAAUAGCAAGAGACUUUUAUGUAUUUAUAAUAAAAUUACAUGUUGACAAUAGAAAUGGUAUUUUUCUUUCAUUUUUCUCUGCUUGGAAAUCUAAUGCAUUAAUCAAUCCAAAGAACACACACAAAAACAAAAAACAAACCUGAACGUUGAGGAUACAGCCAAUGGGGGUGUAUACAGUCUACAGAUCGUCUGCUCAUCCUGUUGUAAACCACCAUCCGGGUCACGGCACCAAAGAUGUCACAUCGAACACCAUGCCCCCCUUAAGUAAACAGCCUGCACGGACCACUGGAGGGGUCCUUUUUUCCCUCCUAGUGUACUCACCCCGCCAGCAACCGAUCAUGUCCCCACAACCCCCAGCCGUACCUCUAUUCCCACUAACAAUGUAAGUGUUCAAGGCCCAGCCACCUGGAGUCCUGUUCCCUGUCUGUCUUCCCGGCCCUGUACACAUCACCGAACACAACACGGAGACCUUACUGGGGCUCACCACCUGAAAGACAGGGUUACAUCUUUGGUGCCGUGACCUGGAUUUGAACCAGGGUUGCUGUGGCCACAAUGCAGAAUACUGACCACUAUACAAUACUGUAUUUGUCUAUGUCUGUCUAUGUCUGUCUUGCACUUU